AUGUCGCAGACAAAGGACAUCGCGCCCUCGCCCACAGAGGGCGACCUUGACAGCCGAACCUCCAUGACCGCCGGCGCUGGAACUGCCGCAUCCACCGCAGCUCAGCAAAGCGACAAUAUUGCCCAUGCAUUGGCUGGCGCCGGUGGUGGUCUUGUUGCGAUGACUCUGACCUAUCCUUUGAUCACCCUAUCCACGCGUGCGCAGGUCGAGUCUAAAAGAGCCGAUACCUCAACUCUUGAAGCCAUCAGGCAUAUCAUAAAUCGAGAAGGCAUCAGUGGGCUCUAUGCAGGCCUUGAUAGCGCGUUGUUCGGCAUCUCGGUCACAAACUUCGUCUAUUAUUACUGGUACGAGUGGACAAAGUCUUUCUUUGAGAAUGCAGCCUUGAAGGCAGGCCGUGCAAGCAAGAAACUUACCACACUCGAGGGUAUUGCGGCAGGCGCCAUUGCAGGUUCCGCUACUGUCUUGCUUACCAACCCUAUCUGGGUCGUCAACACGAGAAUGACCGCCCGGAAGAACGAGAGCGAAGAAACCCUUCCUGGUGGUGAGAAGGGACUUGUUCGGAAGCCCACUACCAUUGGGACGCUGCUGAAGCUUCUCAAGGAGGAAGGCCCUUCAGCAUUAUUCUCUGGAGUUCUACCGGCUUUGGUGCUGGUCAGCAACCCAAUCAUUCAAUAUGGCCUUUAUGAACAGGCCCGCAACUUCAUCGAGACUCGCAGAAAAGUGGGCCCUCGAGACGCCUUUUAUCUUGGAGCCCUCACUAAGCUUCUAGCCACUUCAAUUACAUAUCCUUAUCUUACGGUAAAGUCUCGUGCCCACGUGGCUGGAAAAGGUGCCAAGUCGGAGGGCAUGUUGGCAAGUCUGAGCAAAAUUGUAAACGACGAGGGAUACGCAGGGCUGUACAGAGGCAUUGCCCCCAAGAUCAGCCAAAGCGUUUUGACUGCUGCAUUCCUCUUUGCUUUCAAAGAUGUUUUCUAUGAGAUGACAAUCAAGGCUCGUACAAAGGCGAUCGCUUCGAAGGCAUAG